AUGGCCGAUGCCCGUCCAGCAUCGAAGAGGUGGGAGGAGAUGGAGAUCGACGGCCUGGUGAAGAUAUUCAAGGAGCUCAACAUGAUCGAGAUGGCGCCGGUAUCGCAGGUCUGCCGCUCCUGGCGCCUGGCCUGCGCAGAUCCCCUGCUCUGGAGAAUCCUCGACCUGGGGCGGAUGAAGUCCAACUUCAUCCCCACCCGGGCUUCGCCUUUCGUCUGGGUAGACGACCGGUCUGACCGGAGGCUGACCGGGGUGCUGAAGCUCGCCAUGGCCCUCAGCCGCGGGAGCAUCUCCUCCAUGAUCUUCCAUUUCGACCUGUACAUGAAGGACGAGCACCUGAACUACAUCGCCGAUAGGUAUAAUCACAGCCAAUUUUUUUGCUUUCUUUCCUUCUUAUUGUUCUUCUAUUGAGGGCCGAUCGAGGGUGUUCAUCUUCAGGUGCCCGCAUCUGAGGCGGCUGGUGCUGCCGGCGUGGAACCGGAUAACGAGGACGGGGAUCUGCCAGGCGAUCAGGAGAUGGGAGGAGCUGGAGUCGUUGACGAUGCCCACGAUCCAGUACCCUCCGUACAUCAUGGAGGAGAUCAGCAGGAGCUGCAAGAACUUCAGCCAGCUGAAGAUCAUGGGCUCCUUCGACGUGAACUUCGCCAGCUCCAUCCACUCCAACCUGCCCACGCUGAAAGUGCUGAGCGUCCGCUGCUCGAGGCUGUCCAAGGAGGCGCUGCUGUUCAUCCUCGAUCGGAUGGAGAAUCUGGAGGUGCUGAACAUCUCCCACUGUCUGAUAGUGGAGGGCCCGGCUUCCAGCUCCAAGAGGAUCAUGAGGGAGCUGGACGCCGCCAUUCUCGGAAAGGCGUCGCGGCUGAGGGAGUUCGCCUACUGCCUCGACCAGCUCUGCGUCUGCUGCAGGAGGAUGAACGUUGACGAGGGCCUCAUGAGGUGGUACAGGUACGAGGACUGGUUCUGGCGCAAGGACGAGGUCAGCUCCCUCGAUCUCGGAGACCACGGCAAGCUCUUCGACGACUGGUGCGUCAACCAGGUCUGCGGAUGA